ACUUUCAACAGUUUCCUCGAAAGUUAUGUCAGAUUUAUUACUAAACCACACGCUGUAAGCCACAAAGUAUUCGUAUAUUUUGUUGCUUGAGGUGUUGUGGCUUUGCUAAAUAAGCGCAGUUUGUGGCCAUAAACUAGCCCCGCUUUUUGUCUGUUUUUGGAGCCGAGUUAAGCGUCUCUCCCAGAGUAGAGAAAUAUACGCGCUCCAGGUAAGAGUUCAACAACAUGUCCGAAUCUUCUGACACCCGCACGAAAACGUUAAAUUUCAACGUCGGCGUGCUCGGACAUGUCGACAGCGGGAAGACGUCGCUCGCCAGGGCGCUGAGCAGCACCGCGUCCACUGCCGCCUUCGACAAGAACCCGCAGUCCCGCGAGAGAGGCAUCACUCUGGACCUCGGCUUCUCCUCCUUCACUGUGGAUCUUCCCGAUCACCUGCAGGACAGCGUGGGGAAGCAGCCAUAUGACAGCCUCCAGAUUACCCUGGUGGAUUGUCCGGGGCACGCUUCUCUCAUUCGGACUAUCAUUGGAGGUGCCCAAAUCAUCGACCUGAUGAUGCUGGUGGUGGAUGUGGUGAAAGGGGUGCAGACUCAGACUGCAGAGUGUCUGCUGAUAGGGGAGCUCACCUGCCCUCGCAUGGUUGUUGUCCUGAAUAAGAUUGACCUACUGCCACCCAACAAGAGACAAAGUGCCAUUGAGAAAAUGACCAAGAGACUCCACAAAACACUGGAAAGCACCAGAUUCAAGGAUUGUCCUGUGAUUGCCGUAGCAGCAAAGCCAGGGGGUCCAGAGGCUCCUGACACAGAGGAGCCACAGGGAGUGCCACAGUUAAUAGAGCUUUUGAAGAAACAGACAUACCUACCGAAGAGAAACCCUGGAGGUGACCUCCUAAUGGCUGUGGACCAUUGUUUCUCUAUCCGUGGUCAAGGAACAGUCAUGACUGGGACCAUCCUGCAGGGGUCACUGGCCAUUAAUGACACUGUCGAAAUCCCAGCGCUAAAGGUGACCAAGAAGAUAAAGUCGGUGCAGAUGUUUCGGAAGCCCGUGUCUGGGGCCAUGCAGGGGGAUCGGGUGGGUGUGUGCGUAACACAGUUUGACCCUAAACUGUUGGAGCGUGGUGUGGUGUGCACCCCAGAAUCCCUGCGCACGCUCUUUGCAGCUGUCAUCUCUGUAAGGAAGAUAGGCUACUUCAAGGGCUCUCUGUCCACCCGUGCCAAGUUCCACAUCACAGUGGGUCACGAGACAGUCAUGGCAAAGGUGACCUUCUUUGGCCUGCCACCUGCGGGUGCCUCAGAGCCCCCUCCAGACGCUAAACCGCCUCCAUCAGAGCCCUGCUCACUGGAAACCCCGUUCACCUUUGACAGGGAGUACUUCUACCAGGAUGAAUAUGUAACUGGUCAGGGAGAGGGGAGUUUGGGGCCUGACCCAGAGCAGUGGGCUCUACUGGAGUUUGAGCGGCCAGUCACGUGCCCUUCGCUCUGUCUAGUAAUUGGCUCAAAGCUAGAUACAGACAUCCACGCCAAUGCAUGCCGGCUGGCUUUCCAGGGCCGUCUGCUGCAGGGGUUUGAAGAUAAAAACUACGCUGAGACCAAUCUACCUCGUCUGUGCAUUUACAAAACCAAGCACAAGGAGGGACAGGUGGAGAGGGUAACCGAUGAUUACACUGUGAUUGGCCGCAGCCUGUUCAAGAAGGAGACCAACCUCCAGCUCUUUGUGGGGUUAAAGGUCACCUUGUCCACAGGAGAAACUGGUGUCAUUGAGGGUGGGUUUGGGCAGAGCGGGAAGUUCAAGAUUCGCAUACAAGAGGGUCUUCGACCAGAAACCAAGCAGCUGUUUUCCUCCACCUCUAAGAAGAAAGGGAAGAGUGGGAGCAAAGGUGGAACUGCAAAUGAAGAGGAGCCCAGAACAGAUUUUCAGCCUGUUAGCAUUCACUUGCAUUUCAAGCGAUAUGUCUUUGAUCCCCAUAAAAAGAUGGUUCAGUCUUGACCUCUGCUGCACACACUUAUAGACAGACACCAUGUUGCAGCGCUGGUGACAGAGAGUAAGAUAGAGAAGUUGUUUGAGAAGUCUUGGCACAAAGUGAGGUGACUGCCAGGCUGUGUUAACUCUCAUUGCCUUUCUUUUUUUCUGGAGAUGGAGACAGUCUGCUGAAAUGCAAUGAUUGUGGAAUGCUAAACGCAUGCGAAGCAGUGAUUGUUUUAUCUCAGUUUAACGAGCUGGAUCUAAUCCUGUUUGCUCCAUCAGUAGGGUGAAAGCUGCUCAACAGAUCUCAAUACGUUUGAUUUAUCUUUGAAAGAAAUCAAGGCUUUUGUUCUUCUUUAUUGAUAAAAUCAGAAUUGAAUCAAUCAUUCUGACUAGAAACUAACUUUUCUCUUUGUUGUGUAUGUGUGUGUGUUUUGUUUUUUAUUUAAAAUUUAAUCUGAGAACUUGUUGGCACUGUAGAAAUACUAAACUCACGUUCACUCAGAUCUCUGUGCUCAGUGGGUUUGGCUGCAUCUUUAACUAAUCGGUGAUCAUUGGCAGUUUGUAUGAUAUUUGAUUUCUGUUCAAUAUUGAUGAUCUCAGAGAAUUAAAACAAAACUCCUGUUAA